UGAAAACUGUUGAUACAUAUCGGAACAUAUGCCGUCCAUGUGUAUUUAUAUUCGAUACAUUAUUCAAAGAGUAAAAGAAAUUUGAUUCUAAGUUUGCAGAAAUUUUGGGAGGCCCUCAAGCUAUUUUCACUCGAAUAAAAUCGCAAUUUACUUGCUUCGUUUGUGCAAUAAAGUGGUUGAAGUUACAGAGAAAUAAAAGAAGGAAAAAUAAUCGCAGGAUUUAGUGAAUUUGUCAUCCUUUGCCAAACAUCCGCAUCGGUACCGGAAGUGUGAGAAAAGCACACUGACCUUACUAAUUCAGCCAGCUCGGAAAUCCACCAUGAGCAUUCUACUCCAACUACUGUCCUUGUUGGUCUGUCUACAGACAGUGUGGCCAUAUCCAAUUCAAGAUGACGAAGGCUCACUUUUGGAGAAUUAUGGAUUGCGGCUGGCAAAAAGGCCUUUCUAUCCGUACAAAGACGCCAUCUUGUCUCCUUUUGGAUUUUUGGACACUGCCAGAGUUACUCAAGGUCAAAGAAAGAAGGCUGUUGAUUCCACCUUCAUUCGAUUUGGAAGAAGCUCAUCUAGUGAAUCUGGCAAUGGAAGGACGAUGGAAAACCACCCUUCCUCUUUGCUGUUGGAAGACAGUCCCGAAGUCCACCAACCCGACUCUUCCCCAGAGCUGUCCGAUCUUCCUAAAGUCGGUCUUCCUCAACGAUUCCUCCUCAACCACAAUGGCUGCCGAGUUACCAGCACUCAAGAAUUGAGAAAGGCCCUUUUGAGCGAUCCCAACUGCAUUCGAGCUUUCCAAAAGGCGAAAAAAGAGAACGUGAACGACACUUUCAUAAGAUUCGGUAAACGCGAAGCCCCUUCUGAAAAGGAAUUCGAAUCUGUGAAUUCGAACGAGGCCAGAUAAGAUCUAGUUCGGAUUCUCAGCGGGGAAUUAAACCUGUCAUCAAUUUAUGUUCCAUCCCUUUACUCCCCUCUCCCCCCGUGUUAAUUUUCGUUCGAUAGAAUAAAAUUCCUUUUUCGGAUCAUUUUAUUUCUCUAGAACGUUGUUCCAUCUUCAUUUGAGGGAGUUAGUUAAUUGGUUGAAAGGCAAUGCUGAUUAAAGAACGUGCGAAGUUGUAAUCGCUUGAUUUACCUUGUUCAUACAAAGAAUAGGUCUUUAUAUAUACAUAUAUAUAAUAUGCAUUAUAUCUCAUAAUUAGAAUGAAAUGUAUUUCUUAGUAUUACUCAUUAUAUCGCUUAUCGUUUUAUUGUUGAUAAUUUAUUGUUGUAUUUUGUAAACAUUCUUGCUUUUCAUUACUUCAUUAAUCUGAUAGGCAAAGAACGAUUCUCAUAAAUAAUCUUUACUUGUUGUUUGUCAUAUUAUUUAUAUCAUAAUUCCAUUAAAGUGGUUAUUUCCUUUUAAAAAUAGGCAAGAAUAUAAUUUGAUAAAAAAAAAUUUCUUCUCGAAUACUUUAUCACUAUCAAAUUUUUUAAGAACAUAAGCAUAAUUAAAAGUCUGGAUUUUAAAGAAUUUAUAAUUCUAUGAAUUUAAUUUCCUACAGAAAAAUUUUUUUAACAUGUCUUAUUUUACCAAAUUAUACCCAUGUUGCAAAUGUCACGAGUUUUGAAAUAUAUAGUCUUAAAUUUCUGUAAUUAUUCCAUUAAAGGAAAACAUUUAUUAAAAAUGCAUAAUUCUAUUUUGAAUAUUAUCAUAAUAUCCUGCCAUUUUAGGAUAUUUACUUAUUUUAUUAGAUGUUUAUUAGGCUUAAUGAAAAGAAAAAUUCAAUAUAUUAAGUAUUGGAUGCCUUUUGUAGUAUUCAAAGCUUUCUCGUUGCGAUAAUAUACUUUAAGGAUUUAAAUAUUUUAAUUCAUAUAUAAUUAUAUUUAUAAAAUUGUAAAAUAUUCUUUUAAAAUAAAACACCAAUAGAAUUCAGAACAAAUUUAUUAUAGCAAUUUUUAAAAAAAUUGCGAACUUCGUUAAUUUGUUCAUAUUUUUUUAAAUCCUUAAAUAAUUUAAAAUGUCACAAAUUUUUAAUUAAGGUAUUGUAGAUAUGUAAAUACAUACAAACAUACAUAAAUGUAUAGAAAUUGAUUUCCUAAUUGCAUAAAUUACAAUGACAAAAAAAUGUUUUUAAAAUUCUUAUGUUAUUUUAUCACCACAUUCAGAUAUAUAUAAAUUAUUUUUGUAAAUAAUGCAGGAGAGAGCUUUGUUUACAUAAAAGGGGCAAUUAAUCUUUUCACAUCGCUUAUUAUAAAUUCAUAUUUACCCCAUUUUAAUGCAUUACUUUUGAAAAUAAUGAAUAUUAUUAUUUAUCUUUUAAUUAUUAUAUUAAUCUAUUAAUAUUAUUUAUCUAUUAAUUAUUAUGUAAGGUAUUCUGACUAAUUAAUCAAGUAAUGUACGAACUUCAUUCAUUCUUUUUACUUUUAUCAUUAUAUAAUUAAAUAAAACGAUUAUCAAAUUAAAAAUAUUUUUUAAAGUCCGUCAUUCUUCAAAUAUUAGAUAAGCAUUAGCACGUUUAUCUAAUUUCUGGACAAAGAAAUGACAAAUAUGAUAUCUUCGCAAGCAAAUAUAUAUGUUAUUGUAAAUAUGUUUAUGUGCUUUAAGUUUCAUUUAUGUAAUAUUUCAUGAACUUGACCAUAAUCUUUCUAUGAACGAGGUAUUCUGACUAAUAACAUCAAAGAUGUCUUUUACGUUCUCCGCAGUAUGUUUGGUUACUUUCUAUUAGACUCGAGUUGAAAAGAGUCUCACACAGCAAACGCGGAACCGAAUCUUAAGAAGUGGUCCGCGUGCUAUGAAGAGAAAUAGUUAUUUCCUCAAAAAGCUUUCGAAGGAAGCUUAUGUAGAAAAAAAAUUAUGAUGAAAAUAAUUUUCUUGUGUUUUCUUGGAUACAAAUCCAAUUAAUAAUUUCACAAGGAUAAAUAAAGAAUAACGUUGAAA